GCUCAGUGCAAAACGAAGCACUGAAGGUGUCAGUUGGGCUCCCGACGGUUUAAUUUUUAGCUCCCACAACGAACGCAGUUCUCAGCGAUUUUGACGCAAAUUAUAAACCAACUUUUGAUCCAAGGGCGUGACAUCGAUAGCGAGCAACAGGAUGCUGGCACUGCCUUUGCUGACUCUGGCGGUCCUCGCCAGCUGCGGCUACUCCGUGGACGCCUACUCCAGAUCGAGUCUGGGACAGGGACCCGAGAACAACAUCUUUGCACCCGCCUCAUCGAAUCCCACGCUUAACACCUACACGUACAACCAUCAGCAGGGUGGCGGCGAUAACGGUGGUGAUGGCGCUCAUGGCCAUGGCCACGGAAAUGGUAACGCCGGAAAUGGAAACGAUCGCGACAAGGGCGGCAACGCGGGGGCGGCAGGCGCCUCCUCGACGGGCGUAAUAGAUCCGCACUACGUGUUCGGUGCCAAGCACCACAUGCCCGUCAUACCGAACAUGCCCAUCUUCCCGUACAACUCGCCCACGUCGGCGCCUCCGUUUCAGCAGUUUCCUCAACCCAAUCAUCCAGGCAGCGUCCUCAACCCCGGCUACCCCAUGCACGGCCUGCAGCCGGUGAACCCGUACAAUCCGCCCUUCAUCUUUGGCCAGCUGCCAUUCUAUGGCGGUGGCGGGCCGACCGGGACUGGCGGUCCGCCCGGCGGCGUUGGAGGCGGCGGCAAUGGCGGCGUCGGCGGCGGCGUCGGACUGCCCAGUUCGACCUUGGGCAUCCUCGGCGGCGGCGGCGGCGGCCUGGCGCCGUACGGCAGCAACUACCAGGGCUAUCAGAGCCAGCACUCCAACGCGAAUAUGUACAACAAGCCGCCGCCGCAGUACCAGAACCAGAACCAACAGAACCCCUACAACCGGCGCACCCAGGCGCAUCCCUCGGCAGCCGGCAGUCUGGGCGGACUGGGUAUGCCCGUCCUAAUCUUGGGGCUCGUCCUGGCCCUCCUGCCGCAGACGUAAUAGGCUGGGGCGGUAGCAGCAGAAUAGCGGUACAAGGCCACAGAACACCAAUCCCGAAGACCCCCUGGAAAUUAACAACCCAUCCCUUAUGUUCGGGAUAACCUUUGGAAUGAGCCCAUUUUCACUGAACUGUUCCCACUAACCACUAAGGAUCACUCUUUCAAUUAACCCAACUCUUAUCAAUUUUCUAAGACAUGUCUGGUGCAUUCAUUCUGAGAUUGAAGAAAAAUGCUAGUUUUAUUUAAAUCAUUAUCGAUUUAAGAAAUAUUAAAGCAGUAAACGAAUACUUUUCAAACUAAAUGAGCAGUAAAAAUGGGAUCUCACAUGAAGGUUAUGCCUUACAUAUUAUUUUGUUUUCCUUAUUAUCCAUUUAUCUUUUUAUUUUUAUUUUUUUACUUUUUGUUUUGGCUUAGGCUUAAGAAUAAUGUAAAAGCAGUAGCAGCAGCAGUAAGAUUGGCAUUUAAAAAUUGUACGAGAUUAAAGUUGGUCGAUAAUUUACUUGCAUAAUUUACUUGCAUAUAUAUUUUUGACAUAUUUGGAACAAUUGUAGUUCUGAUUUGCUCUUAAGCGCACGCUGCGUAUACGUAACUUCAAGGACUGUAGCUUACUGGAUACUUAAUUACUUUUUUUUGGACAAGUCCUUCGGACAUAAGUCGUUUUAUAAAUGAUUUUGUAGAUCAGGAAUAAGUGGAAGGAAUAUUUGAUUGAUAAGAAAAUAUUGUAAAUUUUUGCUGGGCAUCUAUUAAAGCUUCGCUUGAUGCUAACUUCUCGUACAAUUCACUACAAUUCAAAGGUUGUAUUUUAAUUACACUAUAAGCUGUAAGCCUUUGCCACCCUCGUUCUACGUAUUUUGGCAUUUUCUCGGCUGCCUUUGCUGUCUGGCUCACACUGCGAAUACGUAAUUUCAAUUUAAUAUUGUGUAGAAGAGUGUGCUCGUGUGUGUGUGAAUUUUCGGCUAUCAGUCAAGGGGAACUGCCGGCCCCUGGGAGCCGCUCUUUUUUGCAGCUCAAUUAAAUUGGAAUUUAAUUUCAGGCUUAGACAGACAGCCUCUGGUCAGAGGGGCGUGGCAAGCCUGACCGCCACAUACAGGCCGAAAAUACACACGUACACACACAUACACAUGAUGAUUGGGCAUUGGGCAAGUUUGAUGUUAAUUUCAUUUUUGUUGAUGCUACGAAUUUGCGGCCAGACCCUGGCGGAUCCAGGGCUUUCGAUGAUGCCACUGCCACUGCUGCUGCAGUCAGAAAUAUAGAUACAGAUACUUAGACGGAUAGUGUUGUAGAUACAAAAAGUACGCAUGUCAAUCAAAAUGCAUAAUGAGCUAUAUUCGAUGGCAGAGCACCAAGUGCGCUGCGUGCAAGAACAAGAACCGAUUGUUGUUUUUUUAUACGAUUACGAAUACGAAUAAAUUAACACUGAAGCAAGUUAAAUGGCAUUUUAAAAAAUCAAACGAACAAGAAUUAAGCUAGCCUAAGUUGUUCAAAACUAAUCUAAAGUAAAAACUUAAAACUAAAAACGAAAACUAUACUCCCAAAAUGAAUCAAAAGAAAUCAAAAACUGUCGCAGAAAGGCAUUUACAUUACUAACUAACUGCCAGAAAUACAAAUACAAGUACAUAUAUACAAAAUACAAAAAGCCAAGAAGCAAUUUGCAAACACUAAACAAAAUAGAAAUCACAGAGACAAACAAGAAAUUGUUAAACAUUACAAAACACUCAGAGUUAAGCAAACGAGGUCCCAGAGAUUCAAAGCUUUCCAAGAAAACGAAACAAACCGAUUUUGUCGCUGUAAAUUCCGGAUAAAAAACACUCGUGUCGAGCAUAUUUACUCCGUCCGUUUGUAUUUGUAUUUGCACACACUUGAUUUGGGACACCAACUAAUGCUGACUUCAUUUGCAAUCUCUGAACCGGAACCAUGUAAACAGUACGACCAGUAUUAACCAAACCGAAAUCAUUUUAUCGAUAUAAGAUACUACCCGCUACCACUACCACU